AUGUCGCUCAAUCAAGACCUGCUAUUCUUGAAGUUGCCUGCCCCACAGAAAUUGGCGGAAAAAGGCGCUUCCUCGUCGGUGGACCAGCUUCUACACGAUUUGAAGAACAAGGUGGAGUACUCUGCCUUGAUCGAUACUUGCUAUUUCUUGCUUAAAGAUGGCGAUUUAUCGUACGAGGAAUCUCUCAAGGUAUGGGAGAUCAGGCUCAUCUUGCACAUAUUCGACGGUGGUAUAAGCAUUGCGAAAAAGGAAGGUAUAAACUUGAAUAAUGAGUUGUACUUGAUUGAAAACAAGCUGCGGGAGCCUCCAGCAGCGCCCCAGGCUCCCGGUGUGCCUUCGUCCAGGACCGGGUCCCUAACAAAUGCUUCUGCUACCGGAAACGAGGCAACACUCCCCAUAUAUCCGCUCCCUAGAAACAACAAUUCGCAAAUAAGUCAUUCGUUGCUCAUCCUUCUCCUUAGGCUCAAGUCUAUCCCCAAUUUGAACUUGGUAAAUGAACUAUACAAGCUUACGUAUCAAAGUAGGUUGAAGGCUUCAAGCAACUCAAAGGAGCCUGAAGUAAUAUCGCUACAGUUGGCUAAUUUAAGCUACGAUAUUAUUGUUGUGCUUACGAUCACCAAGAACUACCUCACGCUUGUGAACUUCAUCCAGUCCAUACGGUAUGAGCUUGAUAUAGGAUCCGCAUACUCAUCCCGCCUAGCUCUUCUAUGGCUCAUAAUAAAACUCAUUCUCCAUGUGAAGAAGUACGCUUCUACCACUGCAGGUAAUACCGACAGCCUUACCGAUGCCCUUGUGCAACAGUACCAAAAAGACUUCAAUGGCAUCUCGAAACUGACGCUCUCUGAGUUCCAGUACAUCCUUAACAAUUUCAAUCCCAACCUUUCGGUCGGCUCAGUAAAUGAUGGAGUUAAUGAGAUCACAUUGGAGCUACUUGUGAGUAGAGCUCAAAAGGGAUUGAUUUCGGGGCGCAUAAUAUGCUGCACUCUUGGAUUGUGGAAUCUACAGAAUAGAUUUGGAGUUGAGUUAAGAGAUGGUGAACUUGUUUUUGAAAAGAAAGCUAAAGAAAAUAAGGAAGAGGGCACAGAGGGCACAGAGAGAGCCAAAACUGUUGAAGAAUGCUACCUGGAGGUGACCCAUCGUUGGCUCGGGAACAUCAACAGAGUCUACUGUUUAGAGUGA